AUGGGGAAUGGUGGCUCUGCCAUGGCUGAACCAUCCUCUGGCAACUCUGAGGAAGGCCUGGUCACUAAAGAAACCUGCACCUCCCAAAUGGAGAUCUCAGAAACAGAUUUCUCCGAACUAGAGCCCUGUGAUGACGAGCCAAGAAAGGAAAAGAAGAAGACAGCUAAGGGCUGCCGUCGCCGUCGCCAUUGCCACUCCUGCCGUCUGAACAACUUUGCAAGCUUCGCCACCUAUUUCCCUAGAGUGCUGAGGCAAGUGCACACAGGACUGAGUCUUUCCCACGAAGCUUUAAACAUCAUGGAUUCAUUCGUGAAGGAUAUGUUUGAACGGAUUGCCGAAGAGGCCGGGUGCCUGACCCGCUCCAGCAAGCGCUGUACCAUCAUGAGUGAGGACAUCCAGACAGCUGUGUGUCUUCUGUUGCCUGGGGAGAUCGGCAAGUAUGCCAUGUCCGAGGCCACCAAGUCAGUCAUCAGAUACAACACCCACAGAUGA